UGGCCAAGGGCCCCAGGCCCGGUCUUCGCUCUCGGAGGCGGAAGUCGCCGGGCGACCCGUACGCGUUUUUAGCCUGGCGUUUUGCGGCACCGGGAGCCGCCAUCAUGGUGCGGAAGCUAAAGUUCCACGAGCAGAAGCUGCUGAAGCAGGUGGACUUCCUGAAUUGGGAGGUCACUGACCACAACCUGCACGAGCUGCGCGUGUUGCGGCGUUAUCGGCUGCAGCGGCGGGAGGACUACACGCGCUACAACCAGCUGAGCCGGGCUGUGCGCGAGCUGGCGCGGCGCCUGCGCGACCUACCCGAGCGCGACCCGUUUCGCGUGCGUGCCUCCGCCGCCCUGCUGGACAAGUUGUAUGCUCUCGGCCUGGUGCCCACUCGCGGCUCACUCGAGCUCUGCGACUUCGUCACGGCCUCGUCCUUCUGCCGCCGCCGACUGCCCACCGUGCUCCUGAAGCUGCGUAUGGCGCAGCACCUCCAGGCUGCCGUGGCCUUCGUGGAGCAGGGCCACGUGCGCGUGGGCCCCGACGUGGUCACCGACCCCGCCUUCCUUGUCACGCGCAGCAUGGAGGACUUUGUCACCUGGGUUGACUCGUCCAAGAUCAGGCGGCACGUGCUGGAGUACAAUGAGGAGCGCGAUGAUUUCGAUCUGGAGGCCUAGCGGGUCGUCCCGGCCAGGGCUGUAUCUCAUAGAUGGGACAGCUGAGAACUGAAGUUUGAGAUUCUGUGAGGGCGCUCUCCCUGAGAGUGUGUCAGCCAGGCUUUGGUUCUUAAGAACUUAGCCCCUCAGCUGCAGGCCACGCACAGAGCCAAAGGGUACGGCCGUUUUCCAUGAACUUUUGUUAGUCCUUGGACUGUUGAUAAUUAAAUGACUGAUUUAAGAGUCACUGGGAAGGAGUUUGGUGCUGCACUGUGGAGUUGUUGGAUUGUGUGCCUGAAACAUUGUAGUGUGAAGGAACUUUGGUCUCCAUCCCUUCCCCUCAGCUUUCCCUGUAUUAUCUUGUAGCAGGACAGUUUGGUUCAGUCUAUUUAAUUAGAAUACUUGCUCUGGUUUUGUGAUUAAGCUAUGUACAGACGAUGGAGAAUUUGGUCUCAAGUUUUCAUAAAAUGGGUGUUACUGUAGUAUUGUGGGUGCCCUUCCUUGCCUAAAGGAAGACUUCCAAAUGCCAAUAAAUGGUCCAGCUGCUUUGUAUGUGCAAA